UACACCAACUCCGCUUCACUUGUGUUUUUUUCUGAUUUCACUGUCACUAAAAGUAAUUAUUUAGUGCAUAUUUUCAUAGCAACAGAUAUUUUGAAUCAACAGUGGGCUCGAUUAUGUACCAACACAUAGUGCAGACAGUUGCGAGUGACUCUAUAAACUAAAAUCAAUAAUAAUCAGUGACCAACAAAGUGACCAAGAUGAAUUAUGAAGCGGAAAGGGCAAUGAAUCAGAAACGAUUGCGGAUGGAGGCCGAGCCGGGACACGGCGUUGUCCAGGGUAACGGAUUGCCGCUAAAUUACAUAGAUAAUGGUCAUCAAAUACCGUAUCAGCCGUAUGCCGGCGCGUAUAACACUCAUUACCCGCCGCCGGAUGCCUUCGCCGCGUACGGGCCUCCGCCCCCGGGGGGAUACGCUCCUCAGAACUUGUCAUACGCGCCUCCAGCUCACCAGAACUAUGCCCAUCACCAGACUUUUCCUCCACAACAACAAGCACAGCUGCAUAUGGCCCAGUCACACAUGGGUAUGUUCAGCGGGUACGGGCCGGAGGUGGGCGUGCACAAGCCGGCGUGGCCGCCGCAGCCGCACCUGCUGCCGCCGCUGGACGCGCAGAAGCCGCUCGACAUCAAGCAGCUCAAGCCCGAGAUCAAGCUCGAGCCGGCCGACGCGCAGAAGCGGGCGCAUCCUGAUGCUGAGAUGAUGGCUGGUGAUAUGGAACAACCAAAAAUAAAAAUAAAAACGGAUAUAUUCAAACCAGAUGAUAUGGCGCUACGGGUGGAUGACAAGCCUCGAGAUAUAUCUAUGAAACCACAUGAAUUACUAAAACCAUUGGAUCCACAACCAAAAGAUGACAGUCAAUCCCAACUCAGAGUGGAAGGUGAUAAAAUAGCAGAGAGAACAAGCGAAUUGAGUGAAGCUCGUCCUAUUGACAGCAGUGCACCCGUCGUUGACAAAACGGAUGAAGAGAGGAAACCCUUCAGUAGCCCAGAUGCAAAUCGACCCGGGACAACGCCGGGGAAAAUGAGCACUCCGGGUUUAGAGCCAAAGAAGCGCGGUCGGCCCAAAGGCUCGACAAACAAGCCGAAGCCCCCGGGCGCGACCCCUCCCCGCGCGCCCGCACCCCGCCCGCCCGCGCCCGUCGCCCGCCCCCGCGCGCCCUCCUACCAGUACGCGGUGCGCCCGUUCCGCAAGGACUUCUCCGGGAUACAGUUCCGCAGGCGGUGGAGCGACGACUGCCUGGACUCGUCGCACAUCCCCAACGAGGUGUACUUCGGCGACGUGCCGGUGCCGCUGUCGGUGCUGUACAACUACUACGACGCGAACGCGGAGCGCGAGCGGCUCGCGUCGCAGGCCGCGCACAUCGCCGCGCAGAAGGCCGCCGCCGCCAAGCUGGCCGCCGCCAAGCUGCGCGGCGUGCUGAGCGCCGAGGUAACGACGGUAGAUUCAUCAUCAGAUGAUGACUCAUCGGGGACAUCGGGCAGCGGUUCAGAGGAUAGUGAUGAUGACGCGCCACUAAAGCGCGGUCCGGGCCGGCCGAAGGGCUCGAAGAACACGUCCCCCCGCACGCCGGGCACGCCCGCGGGGGGCUCCGGGGGGGGCCCCGGGUCGGGCUCCGGGUCGGGCCGCCGGGGCCGCCCGCCCGUGCCGCCCGAGCUGCGCCAGCCCGGCAUCACCGACAUGAAGAAGUUCUGCAAGGCGGCCGGGAUACGGUUCGAUUAUAAGAAGCUGGUCGAAGGUUGCACGAAAAACAAAGAGCGUGUGGCGAAAAUGCAAGAGCUGUUAACGGCAGCCGGUCUGGAAGGCAAGCCGACGCUGGAGAAGUGCCGCGCGAUCAAACAGGCCAAGAUGGACGCCAAGGAGCGGGAACGGAUCGCCAAGAAGGAGGCCAGGGCCAAGCCGCGGGACGACGGUGAUGAGCUGGCGGGCGUGGCGCGGCGCAUGACGCGCGGCGCGACGGGCGUGAAGCCGCGCCAGCGCAUCGUGAUCUCGUCGGACGAGGAGGACGGCACGCCCGCCGCGCGCCGCACGCUCUCCAAGCUGCGCUCCAGCGUCAACGACGACUCCGACUGAGGGCCCGUAACACCUCGUGUGGAAGUGACAGACAAUAUCGAGACAGUGAAAGUGUUGGACCUUCUAGAAAGUGCUUCGACGGGGUCCAUGGCCUGUAGCGCGGACUCUUGACUUACGACUUACGACUUACUUGUGAUGGCCUUAUGUGAGCGAUCGGAACGUCAGUGUUGCCACACACGCUCUACUAUUUUCCAAACUUAUCGUAAUUUACCCAGUUUUUUGGGUGUAAUUUUAGACUGCAACCACUAGACGGUGAUAUCGCAUUUAAUAUUCGGGUUAAUGAUGGCAAUAAGCGUGACAGACGAACGCAGAUGUUACCAUAUUUAAAAAUUAUUAUAUUAAAAAUGAAACCGCAUUGUGGUGUUGUCGUUUUGAUAAAUUUUACUAGUCAAGUGUAAAAGAUGGAUAAGUUUCCGCGCUCAGGUUGACGCGAAUCGGUCGCUCGAAAAAAUUUUCCUACUAAUUUUAGGUCAAAAUUUAGAAUGGUAAUGAAAUGAUUUUCAAAUUGUCCGGAGUGAGCGUUGGACCUUUGGUGUUUAGUUUUUAUGAAAAAUGAAGAAAGAAUAUUUUCUGCGAGUUAUUUUAAACAAUUGUGUAUCAUUUUUUUGUGUCUCGGUGUUUACAGAUGUAUUCACUAAGAAUGGUUUUAAUUUGUAUAUGUUUAUAAAUUUGGUCAGUUUCCCGUCCCUAUAUUAAAAUUAUUUUGGAUGCCAAAUGUUUGAAUGGCAUUAAUUCAUCUACAAAAUAUACGGGUAACAAUUUUUCAUGAGAGAAAAUUUAGAUGUGUAAAUAACUAAGCUUGAAGUUCUUUAUUUAGUAAGAUAAAGACAA